UUUUUUGAUGGUUUCCGAGCUAGAGACACCCACAACGUGGCGAAGAAAAACCAAAGCGGUACAAAGUAGGAGGAAAGCUUUCUUUUGCUUGCUUAGGAGGAGAAGAAGAUGGAAGAGGAGAGGCGGAGAAGAGGAUAAGAGAAGAGAAGAGAUUUGGAAAUGGAAAGAUAUAUAGAGAGGUAGAGGUAUUGACGAGGGGAGAGAGAGAGAGAGGGGAGAGGGCCCAUCUACAACCAAAUGCGUGCUGUCUUUUGCCAUCCAAACCAAAACCAAUUGCCCCAAAACCAUCAUCCAUUUCCUUGUUUUGACCUACCCUUACCCUAACCCAGUUCUAAAACUCCCCAUCCUCUGCUGAACUCCCAACAAUUCCGGCCACCAAAGAACAACCACACCACCAAGAAGGAGUAGCAAGGGUGAAUGAGAAGAUGGCGGCGAGAUUCCGGUGGAGAUCCUUCUCAGCUUUGUGGUGGAACUUUUAGUAGUGCUUGAUUGCCGAAAGGAAAAGAAGAGGGAGGAAUACAUCAGUCUUUCCUCCUCUCUUUGCUUCUGUUGCACCGCUCCAUCUCCUAGGUUUAUAGCCAACUUGUGUUGGAUAAGAAAACUGAGGACGAAGAGGAAAUAAAAUAAUUAAAGGGGAGAGGAAUUCAAGGAAUUAGAAUGGAUCCGUUGGCGGCAUCAGCGCACGGCCACCACCUCCCUCCUCCCUUCCACACCCGAGACUUCCACCACCUCCACCAGCAGAAUCACCUCACACACCUCCGGCCGCCGAAGGCCGAGGAGGAGCACGGCGGCACGAACCACGGCAAGAAACGGGAUCUGGAGGAUAUCAACAAUAGCAAAGUCAACGACGGCAACCAAGGAGACAGCGAUGGGAACGGCGGGGAGGGGAAGGAGCUGGUGCCUGCACCGCAGUCCGGCAGCGGUGGAGAAGGGGAGAUAAGUACGCGGCGGCCACGCGGCCGGCCCGCCGGGUCGAAGAACAAGCCGAAGCCGCCGAUCAUCAUCACAAGGGACAGCGCCAACGCGCUGCGGUCGCAUGUGAUGGAGAUCGCAGGCGGAUGCGACAUCGCCGAGAGCGUCGCCACCUUCGCCCGCCGCCGCCAGCGCGGUGUCUGCAUCCUCAGCGGCAGCGGCACCGUCACCAACGUGACCCUCCGCCAGCCUGCGUCGCCGGGGGCCGUCGUGACGCUCCACGGCUGUUUUGAGAUCCUCUCGCUGUCCGGAUCCUUUCUGCCUCCGCCGGCCCCCCCGGCGGCGACCGGCCUGACGGUCUACUUGGCCGGCGGGCAGGGGCAGGUUGUGGGGGGGAGCGUGGUCGGGGCCCUGAUAGCGUCGGGCCCCGUGGUUAUAAUGGCGGCGUCGUUCAGUAACGCCGCCUACGAGAGGCUCCCUCUGGGCGAGGAGGAGCCUCUACCAGUUUCGGGGGCUCUCGAGUCCCCGGGAGUGGUCGGCCAAUCACCACCACAGCAGCAGCAGCAACAGCCACAGCAGCUUCCAGACCCCAACCAACCUCUUUUCCACGGUCUGCCGCCGAAUCUAGUCCUCAAUAAUGUCCAAUUGCCGGCCGAGGCAUACGGUUGGGCCACCGGAGGGGGCCGUCCCCCGUAUUGAUGCAACUAAGCUGCUCCUGUUUCUCUACUAAGUUGCGCUUUGAAUUAAUGGAAGCCUUGCCGGAGAUCAGACUAGCUAGUGUCAAUUAUGAGGCUUUCUUCUCUAUCUCUCUUCUUCUUUCUCGUUUUCAUUAUAUUUAGAUGCUUUCUUUUUCUCUCUUUAUUUUGGUUUCUGAUAGGGCGACUCAUCUUUGUGCUCAUUUAAGAAGCUUGUACAAAUAUAUGAAUUCUUGUUGGUUUCAGUAUGAUAUAUGAUGAGAAAGCUUAAAGGAGUGGCCGCAGCACAAAGAGCUUGCUGUAGAGAAGAAGAGAACGGAAAAAUGAUGAGCUUUUUUAAUCUUCCUCUCUUAAUUUCUCCCACUCCAUCUUCCGAUCUUGUGCACUUCAUUUUGACAGCAAACUUCAAUUCAUUUUCUUUUUUCACAUUUCAAGAUCCUAGUGAGUUGCAGCUCUCAAUGCCCUCUGAAACGACCUAGAAAAGGGAAAACUGAUGAAAAAAAGGAAAAAUUUAGAAAGUUGUCCGAAAGGAAAUGAUUCAAUGUACUUGUGCUCUAGGGAUUUCUUUCUUGUACCUUUAAAUGUGUGACUGUAGCUGCAUCGGUUUCUUCGCUGCAGCUCUACCAACUCCGACCACAACAGCUCAUUUCGUUCUCCUCUUGUCUCUCAGUCCAAGCUCAUCAUCUCAUCCACACAUAGCCAGUAUACUCAAUUCCCCAGUACGCAAAAUAACAAAACCUGAAACCUCUCUACCCUUGGCAGCAUUUUCUUUGGAGCAUAAUAUCAUUAUUCCAAAGUCUAGCACUAUUAUUGAUACAGUGUUCUCUAUAUUAUUGCCAUGUUUUAGUUGAUUUUUCUGUUGUAAUUGUUAAUGGAAGAGAAUGGAAAUGAAACAGCGCGACGCUUGAUUUUGGAUUGGUAAAAUGUUCUUAGUUGGAACUUUGAGGGUGGUAAAGCCAUGCAAAGAAAAAAAAAGAAGGGAUUUUUGUGUAGGGGCGGGUGUGAAUGAAGAGGACUGGCCUACACAUGCGCUGCUCUGAAGAAGCUCCUUUUCGAGGCAAACAGCGGCAAUAUAUGGCAAGUAGGACAAGGACAUGGGCGGCAAAGUUCUCUACUGCUCUCAGAGACAAAGCCCCCGCAGCGGCAGCAGCACAGACACAGAGAGAUCCAUGUGUUUCUCUUUCUUUCCACCAGGUUCUUCUCCGUUGCCUCAUGGGUACACCUUCUUCUUUUUUCCCUUUCUUCCAUCCAUCUAUCUCGUCCCUUUGGUAGAAGAUCUUGAAACGAAGUGUUUGGUGAUGUUUUAUCGUAAUAAAUUACUUUGGACCA